CAAACCUCGGUGGAAUUCCUAAAUACGCAGCAUAUUUUCGGCUUUUAAGAAAUUGCAAAAACAACUCUAUCAGUGUACAUAAUAAAACUAUCCUUCACCUACAAAUUUGAACUUCACUUGCACAGCCGCCUCACCACACUUCCGAAACUCACACAAAAACAGCCCGCUCGGCGCUCGUCACUCGUCACCAAGCCAACGCCGAACAAGGCGAAGGCGCGCUGCCGCCACCAUAGACGCGAAGCCGACGAGAUUUCUGGCGUUUAUUCCGUUCUGCAACAGCCUAUUCAAGUCCCGACAGAUGAUAUAGUGAGUAAGUGAAGCAAUGGAUAGUAGUGAUAAAGAAGAAUACAAACCUUCAGCGGAAUAUGAGCAAGAGUUCCGAGACCCGCUUCUUGAUAUCAAAUUGACGGAUUCUACUGAGCUUUGGCUCAUUCAAUGGCCUUAUAAGCAAAAUCCUGAUAUUCAUGGGAAAGAAUUGUCACUUGAGCUGCAUGGCAAUGGACGGUUGGGCAGUUUUGAGGAUUCAUCUGGAAAAAUGUAUGAUGUACUCAGUUUUGAUUCACAAGAGCCAGAUGCAACAGUUUUUCUAUCCUCUACAUCAGAGCCAAAAAUUGUGGGAAAGAUUUCACGGCGAGUUUCCCUUGUCCAUUACCCGGAGCCUAAAGAACUUGAAGAACUUAAUCCCAAAAAUAUGAGACAAUUCUAUUCUACAUCCAGUGGAAAUUCAAUGCCAAACUCUUCCCAUCGUUUCUCAAGUCCUGUGCAAAGUAGUCAGCGGAGAAACUCACAAUCAACAAAGUCACAUUCAACCUACACCCACAGUAGCAAACAAAAAAGUUCUUUGUCUGAAGCUGGGGAGCCAUCAAAGACACCAAAAAGAAGACGUACUCAUGAAUCCAAUCGGUCUACAGACCGUUCUACUCUAGACUCAGGAGGGCGUCACAGUGGAAUGACAUUUUCAGGGUCCUCUGAGCGCUCUCAUCAAGGGAAAUCAAAGAAGAAAUUAAAAGCUGAGGAUUAAGGUUGUUUCCUUUAUAGGUUCCUUCUAUCACUUUUUGCUUCUUGCCAAUAUGCAAUAUAAUUUACCAUGAAUUAGUUUAUGUUACUCUAAUUGGUUUUAGCUUGCGGUUUGAAGUAAUAGUAGCGGUGAAAUGUUGUUGUCAUUCAAGCUAGAUGUUAGUAAAUUUUUCUCGUUCAAUCUGAUUAUUAAAUUAUUUCAAGUUAUGUCUUUGGUCAUUCACAUUAUAUGAGAAAAAUGUAAAAGCUUAAAUGUUUUUUGGUUAUCGUAUUUUAUACGUUUAUGAUGAA